CCUGUUUUUACCUUUUUGCCCUCGUCAUCGCCAAAUGAGUCAUCUCAAACUCCUUCCAUUUCUGCAAUAACCAAACAUUGUUUUCCUUUUUGGGUGUAUCUUUCUUUUUGUUUCUUUUGUGAGUAACCAUACAAGAAGAAGAAGAAGCAUGUUUUCAAGGUUGAUACAUCCCCGCGGCGGUGGCGGUGAUGGCGACGGAGUGGAAGAGAUGAUGGUGCAGGGCGGAGGAGGAGGAGGAGGAGGUGGGGAGCCGUCUCUGGUUUUGACCUCUGAUCCGAAGCCUCGGCUUCGUUGGACCACGGACCUCCAUGAACGCUUCGUUGAUGCUGUCACUCAACUUGGCGGUGCCACCAAAGCCACACCAAAAGCGAUUUUGCGAACAAUGAAUGUCAAGGGUUUGACUCUAUAUCACUUAAAGAGUCAUCUGCAGAAAUACAGGCUUGGUAAGCAAUCAGGAAAAGAUUUUGAUGAGGGAUGCAAAGAUGCUUCGUACCCUCUGGAAAGCCCCAGUACAAAUAACUCAUCUCCUAAGCCGUCUUAUGAUGCUAAUGAGGGCCAAGAAGUAAAGGAAGCAUUAAGGGCACAAAUGGAAGUGCAAAGUAAACUACAUUUGUUAGUGGAGGUAAAUUUUAUUUCAGUAAUGCUAAAUAAGGCAAAGAAGCACUUGCUAAUUUGCCAGGAUGCUGAACAGACAUAUAUGGUCAUGCUUGAGAGAGCUUGCAAGAUGUUGGCUGAUCAAAUUAUUAGCAAUCCAAUGGUCGACACAGGCAGCCAAAGGUUGGAAGGAUUGCAUGUUUCGGAAGUGCCGGUGCCGUCGCUUAUUCUGCUGCCCCAGGGAACUGAAAGCUGCCUAACAUCACUUGAGAAUCUCGGAGGAUUGACGCUGGAAGGAUCUCCAAGCGGGGCAAGGAAGAGAAUUCUGAAUUUAGACUCAGUGGUAGCUCCUUUGAUGUGGAACGAAGCUAACAUGAGAACUCAGGGUAUCCAUUCAAGUCAAGUGAAUCCUCAUCACGAAAUAACUGGGUAUGGUAUGUAGGCAGGAAAGAUUAACAUAAUUGUUCCUCAUCACCAUAUUAUGUGAUGUGAACUGUGAAGACAGGGUAUGAAGGUUUAAUACCUAGACCAGAUUAAUUUUGGUUUUCUUAUAUCUUGGUGGUAGCAGAUGCUCAAAUUUAACUACUUACAUUUUGUAAAUUAAGAAUACUAUACAUCAGACCAAGAUGGUGCUGGCCAUCCAUGUACUUUCGUCCAUUGAUAUUUAAUUUAGUUUCUAAGUUCAAAAAG